AUGGAGAACCGAAAGGACAUGGUUAUGUUUCUGGAUGGGGGUCAGCUUGGCACUCUGGUUGGCAAGAGGGUCUCAAAUUUGUCCGAAGCCGUGGGCAGCCCGCUACCCGAUCCAUCGGAGAAGAUGGUGCCCCAUGGUUGCCUCAGCCCGCGAGCCGGUCCUCCGGUCGCCCGGGAGCGCGGCGGGGCAGGUCCUGAGGAGGAGCCGGUCGAUGGACUAGCAGGCAGCGCGGCGGGGCUGGGCGCCGAGCCACGGGCAGCCGGGGCGGCCAUGCUUGGUCCAGGACCCCCGGCCCCCUCCGCCGACAGCCUUUCUGGGCAGGGGCAACCAAGUAGCUCAGACACCGAGUCGGAUUUCUAUGAAGAAAUCGAGGUGAGCUGCACCCCGGACUGCGCCACCGGGAACGCCGAGUACCAGCACAGCAAAGGGCCCAGCUCUGAGGCACUGGUCGGCAGUCCAAACAGCGGCAGCGAGGCCCCCAAGAGCAACGGUACCGGCGGCGGGGGUGGGGGCGGCUCGCAAAGCACCUUGGCCUGCAGCGCCAGUGACCAGAUGCGCCGUUAUCGCACCGCCUUCACCCGGGAGCAGAUUGCGCGGCUGGAGAAAGAAUUCUACCGGGAGAACUACGUAUCGAGACCGAGGAGAUGCGAGCUGGCAGCCGCCCUAAACCUGCCAGAAACCACUAUCAAGGUGUGGUUCCAGAAUCGGCGAAUGAAGGACAAGCGGCAGCGGCUGGCCAUGACGUGGCCGCACCCAGCUGACCCCGCCUUCUACACGUACAUGAUGAGCCACGCCGCGGCCGCGGGCGGUCUGCCCUACCCCUUCCCAUCGCACCUGCCCCUGCCCUACUACUCGCCGGUGGGCCUCGGUGCCGCAUCCGCUGCCUCGGCCGCCGCCUCGCCCUUCAGCGGCCCCCUGCGCCCGCUUGACACGUUCCGCGUGCUCUCCCAGCCCUACCCGCGGCCUGAACUGCUGUGCGCUUUCCGCCACCCGCCUCUGUACCCCGGCCCAGCCCACGGACUGGGCGCCACGGCUGGCGGCCCCUGCUCCUGCCUUGCCUGCCACAGCGGCCCGGCCAAUGGGCUCGCGCCCAGGGCCGCCGCCGCCUCGGACUUCACUUGUGCCUCCACCUCCCGCUCGGACUCCUUCCUCACCUUUGCUCCCUCGGUGCUCAGCAAGGCUUCCUCUGUCGCUUUGGACCAGAGGGAGGAGGUGCCCCUGACCAGAUAA